AACUUUUCAAAUGAGGAAGUUCAGAACCGAGGUAGAAGCAGCUUCCUUUUACAGCUUUCAGGGGCAGAGGAUGAACAAGUGAAAGAAAGGACUUAAGUAGUAAGUACGCACCAUGAAAAGAUGAAAAUAGCCAGAAAUAUAAACUGAGUCUACUUUGGUUUGCUGGAAUAUAGUUUGAGAGCAGAUGCAAAACUCUUGAGCUCAGACUGUUGGGGUGAGAGACAGGAUGCCAAGUUAUCAACCUUGGUGCCAUGGCAAUAUAACUCGAUCCAAAGCUGAGGAUCUACUUUCCAAAGCAGCAAGAGAUGGAAGCUUCCUUAUCCGGGACAGUGAGUCCAUACAGGGAGCGUAUGCCCUCUGUGUUUUAUACCAGAACUGUGUGUACACAUACAGAAUCCUGCCAAAUGAGGAUAAGAAGCUCUCUGUCCAGGCAUCUGAAGGAGUUCCUAUCAGGUUCUUCUCUAUGCUGCCUGAGCUGGUGGAAGCAUAUUACAAUCCCAACAUGGGUCUGGUUACACAUCUGCAGUACCCUGUCCAGAGGGAGGAGGAGGUAGACGAGGAGCCAGGUCAAACAACUUCACUUCAUCUGAAUGAAACCAAUAAUCUUCCACCGCAGCUUCCACCCAGGAACUUCGCAGCCAACGAUGUGAAAGACAGUGACCUCAAGUCUUCUGAACAGGCCUGCAAGUCCUUAUCAGACACCUGCUUGAUGAGACUGCAGCAUAUGGACUUGUCCACAAUACCUGAGGAGCAUCAAAUGGCAAUCCAAGAAUACUUCAGGACCUCAAUCUGCUUGGAUGCCGAACAAAUACAGAAUGGUUACACUAACCUCCCUGGGCUAAAGAAGCUAACAAUCGCAAUCUGCAAGAAUCUAAACAGUGAAAUUUCCCGCAUCCUGCCAGCUCUGGAGGUCUUUCAUAGAGCGCUGGACCAACAGCUCUCCCCAGGGAUUGGACAAUUUCCAAAUCAAAUUUCUGCCGAUUCAGGUCAAUCUGUAUCCUUUAGACUUGAGCAACUGACAAAACUGCUCUACUCAAUAGAAGAUAAGGCUAAAAGUUCUUUGUUUGAGUCUGGUGGAUAUGAAGGAGGUCACCGGAAAUCUCUCAUUCCGUUUGUUACGUUUGAGGUCAAGCAAGAAUCUCUGGGUAUUCCCACCAAGAUGUUCCUGAAAGUGGAUGUUGAAAGUGGGAAGCUCUUCUUCAAGAAGUCAAAAGAUGGGCCUGAAGACAAAUACUUUGUGCACAACAAAAUCCUGCAGUUGGUGAAAUCCCAGAAAAUGCAUGCCAAACUUGUCAUCGUGGUGGAGACAGAGAAAGAGAAGAUUUUGCGUAAAGAGUUUGUGUUUGAUGACACAAAGAAAAGAGAGGGAUUUUGCCAACUACUUCAACAAAUGAAGAACAAACACUCUGAAAAGCCUGAACCAGACAUGAUCACAGUGUUUGUUGGCACCUGGAACAUGGGAAAUGCUGGUCCUCUCCACAACAUCAACUCCUGGUUUCAGUGUAAGGGCCAAGGGAAGACACGAGACGACACCGCGGAUCACAUCCCGCACGAUUUUUAUGUAAUUGGGACUCAGGAGGAUCCUUUGGGAGAGAGGGAGUGGGCAGACACAGUGAAAGGUGCCCUGAGGAACAUCACAAACAUCAGCUUUAAACAAGUAGCAAUCAACACUCUGUGGAACAUUCGGAUUGUGGUCCUGGCCAAGCCUGAGCACGAAAACAGGAUCUCCCACAUUUUUUCAGACAGCGUGAAGACGGGGAUCGCCAACACUCUGGGAAACAAGGGAGCAGUGGGAGUGUCCUUCAUGUUCAACGGUACAUCUUUUGGCUUUGUCAACAGUCACUUGACCUCUGGAAGUGAGAAGAAGCUCAGACGCAAUCAAAACUACACCAACAUCCUGCGAUUUCUGAAUCUGGGAGAUAAGAAGCUCAAUCCAUUUGACAUCACACAUCGGUUCACCCACCUCUUCUGGCUUGGUGAUUUGAACUACCGUGUUGAAUUCCCAUCUACAGAAGCUGAGUACAUUGUGACAAAGAUCAAACAGCAGCAGUACCAGGAACUCCUCAGUAAAGACCAGCUUAUCAUGGAGAGGAAUGAUGGAAAGGUCUUCUUGCAUUUCGAUGAAGAGGAAAUCACGUUUGCACCCACAUAUCGCUUUGAAAGAGACACGCGAGAGAAGUAUGCCUACACAAAGGCCAAAGCCACUGGGACAAAAUACAAUUUGCCCUCAUGGUGUGAUCGUAUCCUACGGAAGUCAUAUCCUCUGGUUCAUGUUGUCUGUCAAGCAUAUGGGUGCACUAAUGACAUCAUGACAAGUGACCACUCACCAGUCUUCGCCUCAUUUGAAGUCGGAGUAGCCUCGCAGUUUGUCUCCAAGCAAGAUCUAAACAGUGCACCUCAAGGUGGGAUUCAGAUCAUGAACUGUGUGGCUACCUUGCUGACAAAAUCAAAGACCAAGUUCUUCAUCGAAUACCAUUCCAGCUGCUUGGAGAAAACAGUCAAGACUUCAGAGGGAGAGAACACGGAGCACUCAGAUGGGUCAAUAAAAGUUUGGUUUGGCAACCAAGUCGAGCUCACUCCUAUCAUCUCUGACCCAGAGUACCUUUUGGACCAGCACAUCCUCAUCUGUGUGAAGUCGACAGACUGCGACGAGUCCUAUGGAGAGGGUUGUGUUGCGCUGCGAGCGGCCCAGUUCUGCUACACAGAGUUUCAGAUCACACUGACUCACCACGGAGAGAAGACAGGCACUUUGACAGGUGGCAUCCAGUUACACACCUCUGAGGGCAAGCCCACUGAGAAGUUAUAUGAUUUCAUCAAAGUUGAAAAGGAUGACACUGUCACCUCAAAAGGCAAAGGCGGUGACCCAAACAAGUUUUCCACCACUCAAGCACAUGAUAUUUCUAACCCCAGUUACAUGGGAAUGUCCUUCCAAAGGGGCAAUGUGAUAGAUAAAGGUUGGAGUUACAGCAUGCCACCAAAAAAUGUUCCAACUGCCGGGCAAGGGAGUAAAGAAUCCAAGAAGGGUGGUUAUGAUGGGGGCACACGCAGUCCUACAGGAAAAUCUUUAAUUCCUAUAGGGGAGGGCGAAAAGGUGUCAGAGAUGUUUGACAAUCCGUUAUAUGGUUCAAUGGGAAAACCAUAUGGUAGAGGCAAGGACCAAGACCUUCAGCAGAAGGACCACCUCACACCUCCAGAUCCCAUCUUUACAACCUCCAAACCGGCAGAGGGAGACCCUGAUCGCCCCCCGUUGCCCACCCCACGCAACCGCUCCUUCACCUGCUCUGAGACCAAACCUCAGCAUCCAACCCCCGUCACCUCGCAUCCCUCAAUGCAGAAGAAACCAGUGGUGCCCUCGCGCUCGGAAGGGGGGGUGGCACACAACCGGCCUCCUUUACCUUCCAAGUCCCGGCCAGGCGUGCCGGAACCCCAGAACCCCAAACCCAGAGACUACAGAGACAGCUCCGAACUCACCAGCAAAAACAGACCGCCGGGAAGACCUGGCCAGCCACAGCCUCACAAAGACAUGCAUCCUGAAGUUCCCAAGAUGGGCCGUUCUGUGAAGUGAGACCAGGCUGCAGCGAUGGUCAGCACUUAGUGUACAGCUUCCUGCUCUGCAUGUUUGGAAACAUAAAAUAUACAGAGUUAAGGCUUCAGCCAGUCACUCCGCCUGUCAAAUGUAUCACAUAGUAUAAGUGACUAUUCAUUUGUAAUGAAGGAAUAGUUCUACAUUUUUGGGAAUGUGCCCAAUCACUUGCUUGCUGACAGUUAUAUGAGCAGGGCGAUACCAUUCUCAUGUCUGUUCGCUAAAUAUGAUGCUACAGCUAGUUAGCUUAGCAUAAAGACUGGGAACAGGGGGAACAGCUAGCCUGGCUUUGUCCAAAGGGAACAAAAAUCCGGCAACCAGCACCUCUAAAAGUCAUUAAUUAACAAGUUUAACACCCUUGGACAGAGCCAGGCUAGCUGUUUCCCCCUGUUUUUAGUCUUCUUGCUAAGCUAAGCUAACUGGUAUCGAUCUUCUCAUCUAAUCCUCGUCAAGAAAGCAAAAAUGUUAUUUGUGUAUUUUCCAAAACGUCAAACCUUUUCUUUAGUGAUGUAAACGUUAAAGACACAUUUUCAGACUUAAUUUCUGCUAAGCUCGCAUUAAAAAGUAGGUUUGAAAUUAAA